AUGAAAAAUAACUUUUUUAAAAAGACUAUUAUACUAUUAAUAUUUCUAUCCAUAUUUAUUUUAUAUUCAAAUGCAGAUGAAGAAACUAUUACAACACCACCAGGUUAUUAUGGUUUAAAACGUAUAAAAAGAUUUCCACAUUCAAAUAUUGAAUCAAAUAAUAUUUCACAAACAGAUGCAGAUUUAUAUUAUCCAGAUAUAUGCGCUGGCGCAUUGCCAAACGCUGAAGGUGAUCUAAUGACUUUUUAUACUUUCCUAGACGCUAAUCUUACAUUAAAUAAAUUUUUAAUUACAAAAGAAAGUAUUUAUAGUUUUAUGGUCCACUCAUUAGUUAUUUUACCAGGUGGAUCGGUGACAAUUAAAAGAGGACUUUUGUUCUUCUCUCUUGAAGAAUAUAAUAGUUUAAACAUCAUUAAUCCCGCAAAAUUUCCACUUGAUCCAAUGGGUUACUUUCCAGGUAUUCUUGCAUUGGGUGGUUCUUUAACACUUAUUGGUAAUUACCCACUGAUUUAUUCAGCCCAGGUUUUAUCAAAAACAACUUUACGGAUUUCUCCACCAUUCUCAAGUAUUCCUGGAGAUAAUAUUAAUAAACUUUAUCAAAUUAAAAUCUUCUCAGAUUCAAAUCCUCUUGGUUCACUGUGCAGUAUUAUUAUGGAUUCUACUAGAACCAUAGUAAACAUUAGCGGUUGCCCACCAAUAGGCAAUGAAAAAGUAAUGAAAGUAGCGUUUAUAAAAUUUACUAUCGACGAAAUGAAUACUGGAAUCUCCAACAGAUAUUCUGUAAAGAAAAUUGAUGAAUCGAUUGGAGCAUCAAUUUUCAUUACAGGAGAUACUAAAGUGCAUAUUGAAAAUUUUUUUAUAAAUGGUGAUGGUAGAACAUUAAAUGAAGAAUAUAAUGAUCACAAAUUAAUAUUCUCACCCAAUAAUAAAAACAUUGUCACUGAUAUUAUUAAGGGUAGCAACCAAAGAUACAGAAACUCAUUAUACAUUGAAUUUUCAAACAACGCAGUAAUUAAAAAUUGUGUUAUUUUUGAAAAAGAUCCAAGAAGGUCACCAAUUGUAUUUUUCGCAUCAAAUGUUGAAUUUACAUCCAAUAUUAUAUCAAGUUAUUCAGGUUCAAAUUUAAUAGCCCAAUUUGGAACAGAAAACAUUAGAUCAAAAAAUAAUCAUUACUUUUUGGUCCCAUAUUCAAGAUCAUUGAAUACAUCAGCCAAAAGCAUGGAUUAUGGAUAUGAGGGUGGUAAUGGUUUAUAUUCGCUUUCACCAAACAUCAAAUCAGAAAAUGAUACUUUUAUUGGUCAAUUAAAUAUAUUUAACUUUAAUUUCAUAUCGAAUAGAUCAAGUGUAACAUCAUUUGAUAGGGACUGUUACGCACCAUGUUAUAAUGAUUCUGAUUCAGUUUUAAGUUCAGUUCAACGUCCAGUUGACUUUUAUUUAAUAAAUCCAAAGUAUUUUAAAAUAUCUAAUAUUACAUUAUUUAACUCAACUAUUUUCAACCUUUUUGUAGCUAAUAGUAAUGGAAAUCAACCAAAUACAUAUACGAUCAAUGGGUUAGUUGCAAUAGGUCCAAUUGUUGCGAAUUUAGAUAGCAAUUUUUUAAUAUUGAAGGAUUUUAUUGCCACAGAAAAUUUUAAAUUAGAUGGUAGCGUUAAAAGAUUAGAUAUUAUAAAUUCUAGCAUUGAAUUACCAUUAACAAGUAAAGAUAUAAUUAAAAAUGUCUCAUCCUUGUCAACAAAUAUCCAAAAUUCAUAUUUAUACUAUCCAUCAAAUGAUAGCGUUGAACAACUAAAAGAUCAAAUUUAUGGAUCAGUGAUAACACCUUAUUACUAUAGUAGCCCAAUUACAUUGGAUCGAAUUAAAAUCGUUUCAAUUUAUCCAAAUUCUCCACUCCAAGUAAUUUCAGGGUUGACUUUCAAUAUAGUAAUCCAAUUUAGAUUAAUUUAUGCUUUUCAAGAUAUUAUUAUAUGUAUUUUUACUUCUGAUAAUGAUUCUAUUCAAAAUAGAACAGUCGAUUUCAAUGUAUUAUCAAAUAAAUGUAUAUUACCUGUAUCGGUUGGACCAAAUAAAGAGGGUUCAGCAAAUGUAAGAGUUCAAAUAAAAAAUUCUCUAUCAUCAGACUACUUGUACAUUAUAGAUUUCCCACAGAUUACAGUAUUAAAAACGUAUACAUUUUAUUCUGGAUGGAGUAUGGCAAAUCCUGACCUUGCUAACCAACAGUUUAUAGUUAAUGGUAGUUUAUUUCAAAGUGGAUGCCAAACAAAAACAGAUAGCAACUGUACAAUAUCUGAAAAUUCAAAUUAUGUACCAAAUUUACCAAAUGUCACUUCUUCUGACGAAUUGAAUAGUUUAUUUUCAAGUGGAGUAACAUCAUUAAAUUCCAAUGAGCCAGUAAUCAUCACAACAGCAAUCAACAGUAAUUCUACAAUCAGUCAAAUUCAAUUGUUUUUUACACAUGUACCAAUUGAUCAGCAUGCUAGUCUAUUAUCAGUUUACAUUGACAAUCAGCCAGUUUAUGUAUUAGAACCAUUACAAAGCAAUCAAGGUCCAACAUUUAAAAACAUAACAUUCAAAUAUGAAAAUACCAAUUCAUUAGAAAAGAUUAAUAUAGCAUUUACAACAAGAGGUGAUAUUUAUUUAACAUCAAUGGCAAUCUAUUCAUCAAACAUAUUUUUCAUUCCCCCAAUAAUACCUGAUCCAACAGCCAUUCCAGAUGUACCAGCCAAUGAAAAUACACUUAAUCUAUUAACAAUAGUGUUACCUAUUUGCUCUGCUGUAGUCGUGGCAUCAUCGGUAAUGCUUGGAAGAUUAUUUUAUAAAAAGAAAUUUAAAAAAUUUAAAUCAGCUGAUAUAGAAAAUGAAAUGACAACUAUUGAACCAAUAGAAACAUCAAAUUCAAAUAUUGAAAAUAAAUCUGAAAGUAUUGCAACUCCUCAACAAAGAAAUGAACAAAAAGAAAUACCAAACAAAAUUCAUCCAGUUCUAAAAUCUCUAGUCAAGCCAAAGAUUGCACCCUAUACACUAAUCUCACCGCUACCUCCAUUGGAAACUAAAACACCAGAAGCUUUAAAUCCACAUUUUAAUGAAAUUGGAUGUGACCCAAUAAAUGAAAAUCCAGAAAUUAAUUCUGAUGAACAAAUAGUUUUACCAGUUGAUACACCUCAGAUUAGUCCCGAUUCCCCUCAACAUUCAAUACCCUCCUCUUCACCUCCACCUCCACCACUCCCACUUCCACCAAGUACCUCACUAAAACCUUUGAAGUUACCAAUUGUUGAUUCAUUUAGAACCUCAUCAUUCAUGUUUCGUUUAGAAAGAUCUAAUUUAAUCGAACUUUCAGACCCUAACAAUCCAUUGAGAUUUAGUAGUAAGAUUUUAGAUUUCAACCUCAAAGGACUCAAGGCAACAUUAUUUAAAGAAUACUCAAAUUUUUUACUCAUUUCCAAUAUUUCAAGCUCAACCAUUUUUGUUAAAGUUAUUCUUCCAAGAGACUCUAGAACUGGUAAUGUAGGUUAUAAUGUACAUGAAUAUUUUUAG